GGUCGUAAUAACUUGGUGAUAUGGGUAGUUGUCUACCCUCAGUUAGUAUUUGCCUUGUGUAUGGUUGGUUGCGAAGAAGCAGGUAGGUACUAACCUGUGGCCGAGUUGGCUCGAGCUUCGUACUUCGAUGUUUACCAGGUACCUUAGGUGCCUUAGGUACACAAGCAACAACAAUAUUUCCCUCUUUUCCAUUACAAACCCGAGAGGAGGUAAUAAUAUUUCGCAUCAUGGCGAAUCCGGUUGUAGCGCCUUGGGAGCUUGAUCCUCAAGGAGAUGUCCUACUUACACUUCACAACCCGAACGCACCGUUUGCUGUAUGGGAUGAACACUGGUAUAGGAAGACAGCUUCUCAGAAUUCCGUUCCGCGGGAGGCCAAUCCCCAAACUCAAACGGAAGCUACUCCCGAGAAAGAGCAAGGGUUACUCAUAUCAGACCAACCUACAAGUUCGACGCCUAACGUCCAAUUCCUACUCUCGUCAAGGCACCUGUCUUUAGCUUCUGGAUACUUUAAGAACCUUCUGCGAGGUCCUUGGAAAGAAGCAACGCCAACAUCCCCAGAUGGUCGCCUGUGCGUGGACGCCGAGGAUUGGAAUGAGGCUUCUAUGCUCCUUCUAAUGCGAAUUAUCCACGGUCACAAUUACAAAGUCCCCAAAUCAAUGACUCUUGAAGAACUCGCUAAAGUUGCCGUACUGGUUGACUAUUACCAAUGUCAUGAGGCAGUUAUGAUGUGGUCAGAUGCAUGGAUAGACAUGCUACCUAAUCAUAAAGGAGGAGCGCUCGACAGGGAUACUGUACUAUGGAUUUUAGUUACUCAAGUAUUCCGUAAAGAAAGACCAUUCAAGGAUGCAACGCUGGUCGCUAUACAAAAUUGUAAAGGCAAAUUUCCAACGUUAGGCCUGCCAAUCACGGCAGUGGCUGAUAGAAUCGAUGAGCAGAGGGAGAAGCUCCUGGGUCAGCUUUUUACUUAUUUAUAUGACCUUCUUAAACGCUUACGCGAGCGCCAAGCUGGAUGCUCAUACGCGUGUUCGUCGAUGAUGCUGGGCGCACUCAGUAUACAGCUCCAGGAGCUAGGGAUCUUCGAACCGCAGCUAGAUUCCCCAUAUACUCGCUGGAGUUACCUGACGGUUAUGGUUGUGAUGUGGGAUUUAACUACUCCCAAAUGGAUUGCCGUGCUACCAAAGACCAUCGGCCUCCCAAAAUCAAUGACAUCCUCAGAAGGCCAACACUCUUGUACACUUGCGAACUUUCUCCCCCCGAUAUUAGGUGAUAAAGCCAAAGGCAUCGAGCUAGCAGAUAUCCAAGAGGGGGGGCAGUCAAGAUGGUCUUAGAUGUUGACUAAAAAAUCGAGAACAUGCAUCUAGCUUAGUGGGCCAUUACUUUGGCUUGGUUAAUGGCAGAGGGUAAAUUUUCGCUGUUGGUACUACAUGAUAUCAUUCUUAUCUGGUGCCUGUUCCCUAAGCCUUAAAAACGAUGUAUAAAUCAUUAUCGAUGUAGGUCUAUUUCGUAUUAGUACAUGAUGGCAUCACCCACAUCCUCCCAAGGGUAUUCCUUUAAUAAGCCA